UAGUUCACCCACCUUUCUUCUAUUAAUGCUUCCUUCUUCCAACCUUUCUUCUAACUCUCCCACACGCCUUCUAUAAAGGCGGAGAAAAAACUCCAAAAUUCAAUCUGAAAAAGGAAGAAGAAGAAAUGGAUCGAGAGGAGAAGAAGAAGCCCACUUGCUGUGUUCUUGAUGCUUCCACUUACGUGGGUUUCUGGAUUCUCAAGCGAUUGCUCUCCAGAGGCUACUUCGUUCACGCUGCAAUCCGUAAAAACGGGGAGAGUGAGAUAGAGAAGAAGAUCAAGGACAUGGAGGUUGCAGAAGAGAGAUUGGAUGUGUACUAUGUCGAUGUCUUGGAUUAUCAGAGCAUUCUCAUGUCUCUCAAAGGCUGUAAUGUUGUCUUCUGCUGCUUAGACAAUCCUUCUGGUUAUGACGAAAAGGAGGUGGAUUUGGAAGUGAGAGGAGCGAUCAAUGUAGUGGAGGCGUGUGCGCAGACAGACACCAUUGACAAGAUUGUGUUCUCUUCCUCCCUCACUGCUGCAAUCUGGCGAGACAACAUUGGAACUCAGAAAGAUGUGGACGAGAGGUGUUGGAGUGACCAAGACUUCUGUCGCAAGAAGAAGUUAUGGCACGCGCUUGCAAAGACGUUGUCGGAGAAGGCGGCUUGGGCUCUGGCCAUGGACCGUAUGGUCAAUAUGGUCUCCAUCAACGCCGGUCUCAUCAUCGGACCCUACGUCUCUCAACAAAACCCUAGCCCCACCUUGUCUUACCUCAAAGGGGCGGCACAAAUGUACGAAAACGGGGUAUUAGCGCACGUGGACGUGGAAUUUCUGGCCGACGUUCACAUAAGAGCGUUGGAGGACAGUUCAACUUGUGGGAGAUACUUCUGCUUUGAUCGAAUCGUUAACACUGACGAGGAAGCCCUUAAGCUUGUUCACUCCUUGUCUCCAUUGAUACCCGUCCCACCAAGGUACGAGAUGCAAGGAAAUGAAGUAUAUGAAGAAAGAUUGAGGAACAAGAAGCUGAGUAAGCUGGUCGAAGCUGGACCUGCUUGUUAGAGAUAAUAUAUGUAUUGGCAUUGAUUAUAAAACCGACCAAAGAUUUAAAUUUUUAUAACCAAUUAGCAUUAUUUGUAUAUGUUCUGUUAGUUUGUGUUGCUUAUGGCGCAAGAGUUACCAUGGCAAUGGCAUACAAUAUUUAUUUAUUUUCCUCUC